GUCAGGUUCUUGCUUCAAAAAGAAAAAAACAAAACAAAACAAAAAAAGACCGGGGACCCACCGUCCGAACCUCACAACUUUUGGUGGGUAAUGGGUCUGUGAGUUGCGGUAUUUGACAGUCCCCAAAUUGUUCAGUCGGGAAGAAAUCUGGGUGGAUUAUAUUACUGCGAGGAUUACCUGGGAGGGAAAGUGGAUCUCUCUAUCAAUCUCUCCUUUCAGUUUCAAUCUCCUUGUGUCGAGGAUUGAAUCAUCUACAGAUCAAAAGAGGCAAAACAACUCCGGUCUUCUUUCGCUGUCGCUCUUCUUAAUUUUACAAUUCCUUUUACUCUCUUCUUUCUGAGCUCUCUCUUCUGAUUUAGUCUCCCUCCAUGCUUAAUUUCGGUUUAAACGAAUUACUUUACCUGAUUUAGGGUUCUUCUUUUAAGUUUGGGGCAAAAAUUUAUUCAUCCAUAUUCAUCUCUACAAGUCGUGAAUGGGCAUCUUCUCAUUGUAAAGACAGAUGAAGCAUAUUGUAAAGAUUUUAACAUUGCUUGUGGCCAUCAUUGCCUUCUGGAUUGGGCUUCUGGAAACCUCUAUACUUCCACGUAGCUAUACAUGGCUGCUACCCAUCUAUUUCACCAUUUCACUAGGAUGUUACGGUCUUCUGAUGGUUGGAGUUGGUUUGAUACAAUUUCGAACAUGUCCCGAAGAAGCUGUGCUGCUGCGAAAGGAUGUUGUUGAGGCUAAGGAGUUCUUGAAGCAGAGAGGUGUCGAUGUAGGAAGUGAUUGAAGUCUUGAUGGGAAGAUUCUUUUGCUUUUUCUCGCAUGUUUGUGAAUGUUAGUUGUUGAUCUUUUCAGCCCCAUGCUGGAUACUUCUCUAGUGUGGUUUGGAACUGAAGAGUUUACCGAAGUUCACUCAAUCUUGAACAGGUGAAACAUUAGCAUAGUUGCCAUAUUUUCAUUUGAUCACAAUAUGUACGCAUUGACAGAUUCUAAAUAUACAAGCAAUUUUUUCAAAUGACAAAA